AUGUCAUCAAUGAAAGAAAGGUUGGAUGCACUAGCUGCUAAAAAGAGGGCUGGAAAUCCAGAGAAUAAAUCGAUGGGUACCUCUACGAGAAAGCCAUCUGCUCCCACUUCAAAGCCUCAAGGUAGCAGUGGCACUAGCAAUGCUAGAGUACAAUCAAUAUCACUCAAUUCAAGAAAGACAAAGGUCGAAGAUGAAGAGGAACCAAGUGGAGAAGAUUCCUAUGAAGAUGAUGGAUUUGUCGUCAAAGACGAUGAUAGUGACUAUAGCGAAAGCGAAGAUGAUUCAUAUUCACCAUCAUCAGAUUCUGAGAGUAGCGAAGAAGACAGAAAAAAGAAGAAGAAAACAAGUAGCAGUAGCAGUAGUGUCAGUAAAAAGUCAUCAUCAUCAAGCAGCAAAGAUAAAAAGGCCGCUCCAGCACCAGUUAAAAAAUCAUCAUCGUCAUCAUCAUCAGACAAGAAAUCAUCGUCAUCAGACAAAUCAACAGACAAGAAACGAAAGCAUAAAGGAUCAGAUGAUGAAAGUGGUUCUGGUGAUGACAAUGAUUCUUUGAGUUAUCCAUUCAAAGGAGAUAUGCCAACAAGUAGAACUCGUGGACGUAUACCAAUAGCAAUGCCCAUUUUAAUGGAAUCUGAUGGAUCAGAUUCUGAUGCUUCAGAUGAAUAG